CUCACUCACACGUUUCACGCAUCAUUGGCCCGUACAUGGGAAUGUUGGUCCCAGGGAUGGGUUCGGUCGUGUGACGACUAGCAAGGGCUCGGCGGGUGUUACUAUGGGGUAAUAGCUGCAGAGUUUUGUUAGGCGGGCAGGACAGGCAGCGCAGCGCAGCUGGGGGGAUGGCGUAGUUGCUAGCUCUUCUGACAUGACAGGUUCGCGCCGCUCUGCUCCUGUGCUAAGUAAGGCACUGGUAACAAUUUUCAUCGUGGACCACCCCCCUCUGGUGUGUGGAUGGAUGUUGGAACGCCCAUCCGUCGACCAACUUGCAUGUUCGGUAUAUAAGCCCCGCGGCCGCUUCACGAUGUUGUUGCUCCCAUCAUCAACAGCAUCAAUCAGCACACUACAGUCUUCGGACCCACCCAGCUUCUUCUCCAAACUACAACCACAACCACAACCCACUCUCAAUCAACCAGCAGCUUCAAGCUUCUAGCUUCAAAAACUUUCUCAAUCACUCUCCGUAUAAACAUCAACAGCUUCCUUCGCAAGCUCCC